GCCAGUGCCGCCGUUCAGGGCAGGGAGCCAAUAGAAAUCACUCAUCCCAUUGCUCGACACGCCCCGCCUGGCAGUAGUUCAGAGAGCAAAACUCUUGCUUUCAUUCGCAGUGAGUGUGAGAAUGUGAGACUGUUAUGGCUCCGGAUCCCACUCAAUCGUUUCUACCGCGGGACGCGAAUAAUUCCAGCAGCACCGACCCCACUCUGCUCGCCGACCCACGUGGGGAAGAUGAGGAGCUGGUUAUUACUUGCCCGGUGCUGCCCGGUGGAUCCGCUCACUAUACAGCCCGGGACAGGACCCAGGAGCCGAACUGCACCACUGCCAUUGGGCAUCUGGGAACCACUGGUAACCAUGGCAACGGCUGCUUGUGGCACUGGAUCCUGAAGCACAAAUGGUGGCUGAUUAUCACAGCGAUUGUUGGCAUUAUUAUUAUUAUUAUUGGUCUUGUUUUCCUCAUCAAAAAAGCAGGGAGGAAUUCUACUGAGCCGCCCAACACUGGAGGGACCCUAAUCUGGCAGAACUGCAGCGGAAUCCAACUAAAUAUCUCGACUGUAGAGGUUUCCUGGGAAGAGGCCAAUAGCAACUGCACAAAGUAUAGAGGACAACUAAUAGACAAGUCCGAGAUCGAUAAUGACUGUAUAGGAUCGUAUGAGGAUUUCUGGAUCAAGCAAGAGAACACUCAGUCAGAGAAGUGUGAGGUUUACAACAUGAACUAUCCAAACUUGACAUUACAUUGUGAUUCCCGGAGGAGAUACAUUUGCAGCAAAUCCUGAUUAAAUGGCGGCACAUUGAUCCUGGCACUACAUCCAUUGCCUUAAGGACUCUCUCUCUUUUCCGCUUUCUCUGGAUAUUAAAUCUGCGUCACUGUUGGAAAUGGAAUGAGACAAGGCAGAGUAUAGAGGGUCUGAGCAGUGAGCGCAACUACAAAGUCUUCCCCAGUGCCAGUGUUUCCUGUCUCAGGUCCUUGUGUGAUUUGUUCCCAGAGUAAUGACAAGUUGUACGUUAAACACUCAAACAUUUUCUCCUUUUCAACCCCAUCCACGUAAUUGAUACCAGUGGUUCUGCUUUGUCUGAGUCUGUUUCUCGCCACAUAUUCAGUGUAACCGUUUCUAACAGCAACUCCCAGAUAUUGGUCAAUUGGUGCACCCACGGGUCUGUCUUGUGCAAUGUCUCUCCUCUUUUCUUCCCCUAUCCCCUCAUUGCUCCUCCAUUCCUGCCCCAAUCUCUAACACUAACAUCACACAGUGCCUUGGCCAUAGAAUCCUGGACAUCUGCUCAUAAUUCCCAACAAUCCCUACUGAUCCUUACGUUCAGUUACUGGCCACACAAUCAGCGCUGCCAGGCUUUCCCACUCUAUUCUCAAACCUCCUUAGGAAUCAUUUUUUAGAGGAAACACAAAACUUUUUCCCCUCCCCAUUGUGUUUCUCUUUGUCUUCAAUUCCUCAUAGAUUGUAAGCUCUUCAGGGCAAUAUAUUGAAACUGAUAGCACUUACAUGUUUGUUCUCCCUGUCUAAUUUAUAAUAACCGUAUACCUGUCUGUGUCGAUGCUUUGCAGGGUCGGACUGGGGGGCCUGGGGCCCACCGGGACUGCUGUCCAGGGCCCCCCAGCCCCUGCCUCCCCUUGCUGCUGCACCAGCGGCGCGCUCCCCUUUGGCGUUGUCCCAUGCCGGCGCGCAUGCGCAGACGGCACCCGUGCCGACGAGAAUGCGCAGACAGCGCAUCGCGCCGGCUACGUUUUUUUUUUUUUUUAACUAUUACGAUUGGGGGUCUGGCCCGGCGGGGCCCCUUGAAGGUCGGGGCCCACCGGGUAUUUUCCCGGUGUCCCGCCGGGCCAGUCCGACACUGAUGCUUUGUACAGCCCAUUGCCUCUUCUGGUGCUAAAUAAAUACAUUUAUUCUUUCA